CCAGGACUAUCCUAGCGGUGAUGCCAUGGAUGGCCGGGGAAGCAGCUUAAUCACAUGUCAUCACUCGUACGGAGCACUGAGUUUCGGUGGUCCAGCUGCGGAGAGCGUGGCGUCAACGAAGUAUGGACUCACAGAAGAGCCCGAACCGGGGGCGCCCGAGCAAGCGAAGCGUGUGCAAGGUGGGGC